AUAGCUGGACACGAAAAUGCUGACGUAAUGACUGCCAUCCAAACUGGCCAAUUAAAUCGACGCUAUUAAUUCUUAUAACUUCCUGUCCCGAACUCCUGUCUCUUCCGGAUCUUCUAGCGUGACCGACGUUUCGUGUCUACUUAGACUUAAAAAAUGCGUUACGUGGCCGCUUACCUCCUCGCUGUGCUCGGUGGAAACACCAGCCCCUCUGCUAAGGACAUCAAGGUCAUCUUGGGCAGUGUAGGAAUUGAGGCCGAUGACGAACGCUUAAAUAAGGUCAUUAGUGAGUUGAACGGCAAAGACAUCAAUGAAGUCAUGAACUCAGGCCUCUCUAAGUUAGCCUCUGUACCAGCAGGUGGCGCUGUGGCAGCGCCUGCCGCUGCUGGUGGUGGGGCUGCUGGAGCUGGGGCUGCACCUGCUGCUGCGGAAGAGAAAAAGGAAGAGAAGAAAGAGGAAUCAGAGGAGUCAGACGAAGACAUGGGCUUCGGACUUUUUGAUUAAUUUUCCUUCUCUGUGUUUAAAAGGCAAUAAAAAUGUAAAAGGUUUACACAAA